AUGAACGACUUCAGCGAGGAAUACGAUUUUAUGCAAAGAAUACAUAAAGUCGAUGGACACGGGAAAAAUGACUACGGAUUGAAGGAGGAGAUUAAAAAGAAAGACGAGGAUGGACAUUUUGGAAGAGAUAAAUUGGAAAAAGAUUUUUAUUUAAAAAGUAAGUAUGACAAGUACAGCAGCACGCUGAGCGGUUUCGAGAAGGAUGAUAAAUUUUUAUACAUGAAUAGAUUAAAAAAUGAGAGCGAGAAAGAUGUGAAGAAGCGCGAGACAAGUUUGAACCGCAGUAGCAUUAACGAGUUGGCCAAAGUUAACGAAGUUGUUUAUUACAUUCACGCAAACAAAAAGAAUGUGUAUGAAUAUAUAACUAAUCAAAUGGAUUUAGAGAACACGUAUUAUCAGAUAGAAGAGAAGCCACGUAACCUAUCAUGCAAUAUGGUGAAAGAAAAUGAAGAAUACGUGUACUUGAACGAUAAUGCGUAUUACAAAUUUAAGAUAAAGAAGGAUGAGAAGGAGGAUGAGGAAGGGGAUAAAGGCAUUGUUGGAGGCAAUGAAAAAAUAAAGUACACAUUAGACGCAAAUAAGAAUGUCAUAAUUGAAAAUAUGCUUGAUUCAGACAAUAUGUUAAUACACUUGUUUAACACUUUUUUUUCUGUUAAAGAUUGGGUGAAAAAUAUCUUUAUGUUUUUAAGUAAAAUUUUUCACUUUAAUUUUUUGGAGUACACAUAUAUAAAGAAUUACUCAUUGACAAAUUAUUUCGAUAGGAAUGUGAAGGACUAUAUGAAAUAUUUAAAAAAGGACGAAGACUCAAGAUUAAUUAAUCAUGAUUUUCUUGCGAGAAGAAAAUAUAUUGCCCCUUAUUUUGUAUACAAUUGCGUUGACUGCAAUUAUAAUACGAAUGAUAACGGGAUUAUAAUUUUGUCUUCGAUUCUUCCCUUCAUUCAUAGAUUUGACUAUGACUACAAAUUAAGGCAAAUGAGAAUGCAAGAGGAGGAGUUAGAUCACAUACUGAAUAAUGAUAAGGGCAGAAAAGGAGGUGGUGAUGGAGGAUUGGGUAGUAGAUUGCUAGAUUCGAUUAGACGGAUUAGGAAUUUGUUUUGGGGGAAUUUAUUUGACGAGGGUUAUGCUUCAAACAAUGGGGGUGGUGGGUAUGGAGACGGUGGCACUGCGGCUAGUAACAACACGAGUGAGUACACGGAGUUUUUAAAAAAGUUCGAAAAUAGCAUAAACGAAGAGGGUGAAUUAAUUCAAGACAUCCUAUUCUCAGGGAAGGCACAAAUGAUAUUUAUUAAUUUUAAGCAGAUAGAAAACAAUUUUAACAAUGUCAUUGGUAAUGUAGAAAUAAAGAAUGAAAGAGUACAAGUGAGCAAUUUAAUUUUGGGUUAUGAAAAAAAGGAGCAUAUACAAUACACAGAUAUAUUAAUUUCAAACAUUUUAAAAAAUAUAAAAAAGAAGUAUCCUGAUAUGGUUAUCAAUGAUGAAAAUCCAAGGCAGUUUAUUUAUGAAGAAAACGAAUGUUCAGAGAAAUAUGGUCAAGAGGGUGAGCAACAUUUUCAUCAUGAUUACUCCCUGUUGAGCAAUAAGGAUGAUGUGGGGACCAUAUCGGAUAGUGUAGACAUGCAUAGGAAGAAGGAACAUUACAUGUUAUCGGAUUUGAAGGAGUAUGUGUACAAUUCCCCAUCCCACUUGAUGAAGGACAAAAGGAACAAUUGUGAGUAUGUGACAUGUGUGUGCUUUGACAAUAAUUCUAAUAACUGUAAUUUGAUUAAUAAUUUUGUUUUGGGUUACAAUAGUGGAAAAUUGGAAUACAUAUAUGGGAAAAUCUUGUACAGCAAUAUUAGUCAUUGUGAUUUGUUAAUAGAUUAUUACUCGAGAAAGAAUAGAAAAUUUUCUUAUGAACUGAGCAAGAGGAUUUUUCUAAAUGGCGGGGUGAUAAAGGUUGCAUUUGCGCCGAACGGUUUUUUUUGUUUAGUGUUAACAAGUAAAACUUUGUACAUUUGCAAUUUUUUUUACUUCUCCAUUUAUGAGAUUACGAAUAUUUGUUUCAAUUCCCAGUUUGUGAAUUUUUUGUGGAUAAACAAUAAUUGUUACUCCGUUUUUAGUGAUAAUGGGCAUGUGUACUUGUAUGAGAAGAGCCUAAAGAAUGAUGGGGUAAACAGUUUUUCUCUGGUCAAAACUUUUUGCGUGGAUCAGGCCAUUUAUUUUAACUCUAUUUGUGAGUAUCAUUUGUAUAGCAACUGCAUCUAUCUCUAUACGGGAGAAAUAGAAAAAAGGAGAGGGAAAAAUGCAAACCAUCAUUUGUUCAAGAAGAAAAAGAAGAAGAGGAAUAAAUAUAUGAGUGAUUACUUUUACAAAUACGACUGCAAUUUUGUUAUCAUCGAUUUGAAUUUAGAUGUGUACAGAGGUGCUGGAUAUGGUGGAGACGGAGUGAUGGGUGGAGGCGUAAGUGAAGAUACGUUGGUUGGCGGAGUGAAUUUGUUAAAGGACAAUAUGACCGACGUAGAAAACAAUAUGAAGCAAAUAAAAAUCCUGGAAAGGCUGAUAGAAAAUGGAAACAACUUAGAUGAGGAUGAUGUGAACCUUGAGAGUAUGUUGCACAUUAACAUAAAAGAUUUUAACAAUUACAUUUCUACCAUCAAGGAUGGGAAUAACCGUUUUUAUUCUGGUGAAAGUGGAGAAGAAGCUCGCAUGAUGGGAAGGGAUAACUCCAAGGGGGAAUUUUCCAUGAAGAAAUUGUUAAUAAAUUAUAUAAAAGAUGUGAAGAAGCAUUUAUACAAUUUGAAGGAUGAAAAUAUAAUUAACAUUUUAUUGCCCAGGUACUACAGCGCAGCGGAUGAUUAUAGUCACAGAAGUUUUUUGAACGUUCGAUUUUUUACCAUCGAAAAGUCAGACAAUAAACACCUCAUAGCGUUGGAUACUGAAACGGACUACGUGUACAUUUACAAGAUAAGGAAGAAUGUAUAUUUAGACGAUGAGGCUUUGGAAAUGUUAAAGAAUAAGCCUUAUAGUGUGAACAGUAACCCGCUGCACAUGUUCUACGCGAACUACUUGAAGAGGGAAUCUUUCCUGAAAGAGGAAUGGAAAAUUUACAACGAUUAUAUUUAUGUGAAUACUAAGAAGAUGAAGAAGUACAUCAAGUACAAUUUGCUUUACAUAAUUAAGAAUCACAAGAAAAUGUUUUUUCCCUUACAUGUGUACGUAAUAAACACCAAGUAUAAUGAGACCGAAUAUUUUUUAUUCAUUAAAUGGGCAACUAUCAAGAACACGUUUAUAUACUCUUCGUACAGUUCUCUUAACAGAGUGACGAAGAUGAAGGAAUACUUCCGUAAGGACGAUGAGAGGUUACUCAAAGUGUUGGAACAUCCAAAGAACAUUUUUCUAUACAAUAUUAAUGAUAACAGUGGCGAUUUACCUUACUUGCCUGGAGUGAAUGGCUUUGGCUAUCCUCACCCCCUGGGACCUAGAGGCAAAUUCAUGGGCAAGGAAUACCUUGGGGAAAAUGUAGGCAAUGCAAAUGGGGUGCUUGGAAUGAAUAGACAUUUGCUGUAUAAUAGGGGCAGAAUGCGUGAGUAUAGGGACCACAUGGGAAAUCCUAUCAAGGGAUUCAACCAGUACCUGGGAAAUGAGGAUUAUUUGAAUAAGACGCCUGUGAAAAAUGUAGGUAGAAGUUUUUACACGUCCCCCAUUGAUCACAUGAAUGCGAAUAUGCCUUACCACUUUAAGGGAGGUCCCAAGUAUGGCGACAACGAUAUAUAUACGGAUUAUUAUAUGAACAGCACGGUUAAGGACCCCCAUUACGGAAACUUCCCCAACUACGGUGAUUACCUAAAUGAGAGUAGCAAAAAGCAGAAUGAGUCUGAUAAGAAGUGGUCCUAUUUGAAGAAGAUAAAUAUUUUUAACAAAAAGGACGACGAUAUAAAUGACAGUACUUAUGUGAACACGAGGAAUACGUAUAAUCAUCCUACGGAUGCAAAGCAUAUGCAACAGCAUACAGGUGGACAUAUUUUCAACUUUGAUAAUGAUGAUCCCAUUUUAGGUGAUAUGAAGAACCCUAAUUUUUAUUCCUCUCCUGAACGGUUCAGGUAUAACAGAUUACAUGAACGAGCGGACAGUUCCAAAUUAAUGGGUGACGACCACGGGAACAUGAGUGACUUUUACUACUCUCAUAAUGCCAAUAGGUACCACUCGAACACCAUUGGAGGUGGUAGUUACGACCCCUAUGUCCUAAAAAACGAUUUGUAUAAUUACCGAAAUAUAAAUAUGGAUUUAAAUAGCAAUAGUGGUACGCAUAAUCUGAAUGCGCAUGGUGACAUGUAUCGAGGACCUAACGAUGGGAGCCACUUCGCGAGUGACGUGGAGAACAAGUCAACCAGCGUCAAGCCGGGGAACUUAUACAGCAACAGGGAUGUCAACGAUGUGAAUCCCAUGUAUAGUGACAAAGAGUAUAGAAACAGAUAUAAGAAUUACAGUUCGAACGAUAGCUAUUCUGGCAAUAUGAGGAAGUAUAUGUGA